AUUUGAUAUUUCUUAAUCAUGAAUAGAAAUAGUUAGUUAGUUAGAUAGUUAGAUAGAUGGAUAUGAAGGUAUCUACAUGGUUUUCUUUUUAUAAUACUCCUGUGUUUUCUUAUUUUUAUUUUUAUUUUUUUUGUAUUAUCUAUAAAAGAAACAGAAAAAGAAAAUUUUGUUAUCUCCUAUGCGUAGGUGUAUAUUAUGACCAAGUCAUUAAGCUUUAAUUUGAUUGGUUCAAAAUGUUGAAGGUCAUGGAAAUAACUUUCACCAUAUAUAUAUAUAAACACACACACACACAUGUAUAUAUAUAUAUAUAUAGAUACUUUUUUAUCCCAAAUAAAUUAAAAAUUGAUUGACAUUGGUGUAGAUCAUCAUCUGGAACCCGUUACAUAAUUUUACAAAAGUUAAAACAGAGAAAUAUACACUUAUCUAUAUAUAUAUCUAUAUCAAUAUAUACACACCAUAGUAUAAUACUAUACCACAGAACGUCUUCAUACAAAUACUCAUAUUACUAUUAUUAUUAAUUAAUUAGUUAAUUAAUAAUAACACUAAUUAAUAUCAAUUAAUUUAUUAUCUAAUAAUAAUAAUAAUUAUAAUAUGUCAUCAACUCAUUCAAAUAGAUCAACCCCAAUAUCAAGAACACCUAUCACCGUCACUACUACUACUACAACAACAACAACAGCCUAUUCUUAUCAACAUCCUGAUUAUUUAGAUAAAGAAUCAUUGGCUGCAACCAAAAUUCAAGCUGGUUAUCGUGGUUAUUGUACACGUAAAAAAUAUGGUAAUUUAUCAUUGAAUUCUUCAUCACCAACAUCAAAUUAUAAUAUAACAUCUAAUAGACAAUUAUAUACUACUACACAUCAAUCACCAUUAAGAAAUAAUAAUAAUAAUGAUUUAGAGAAUGCAGCUACACGAAUACAAGCUAGUUAUCGUGGUUAUUUAACUAGAAAAGCAUUACGUGAUGAUGAUAAUAUUACACAUAAAUAUACACCAAUCAAAAGUGUUUCCUAUCAUGGUGAUAAAAUAUAUAGAAGUAAUGGUGGUGGUGGUGGUGUUGGUGGUGAUGAACAUGAUGAUGAUAUUGAUGGAAAAGUCAAAGCAGUAACUAAAAUUCAAGCUGGUUAUCGUGGUUAUAAAACAAGAAAAUCAUUAGCACCAUUAUUACAUCAUGAUGAUCAACAAAAUUUAAUAUCAAAUAAAGAAAAUCAAAAUUAUAUAAAAUAUAAAAGUAUUAAUCAAGAAAGAAAUAAUAAUAAUAAUAAUAAUACACAUUAUUUAUAUGAUCCUGAAUUAGCUGCAACUAAAAUACAAGCAACAUUUCGUGGUUAUAGAACUAGACGACAUUUACCUAAGUAAUUAUAAUCAAUAAUAAUAAUAAUAAUAAUAAUAAUAAAAAGCAUACCUAAAUAUGUAUUGCCCUAUGAUUGAACAAUAAUGAACCAUCUUCUAUCAUUCAUUCUUCUUAUGACCACAAAUAUUCAAUGAUAUGAAUGAGUUCAAGUCUUUGACAUGUUCAACUCUUAAAAAAUACUGAACAAUAUUUGCAUGCUCAUUUUACGAUACAUUUGCUCCUUCUUCUUCUUCUUCCUGUUUUUUUUUGCAAAAGGAUGUCUUGUUACUUUACAAUGGUAAUAACAUGUUGUGUACAAUUAUUACUUCUUUUUUUUC